AUGGCGUUGAAGGAGAUGAUCUCCUCGCCUCUGGAGGCCGGCAUCUCCAUCCUGGACGCCCACCACCUGCCACCACACCUGACUCCAGCCCUCGAAUAUGUCUCCGACAAGCUGGCCCGGAAGUCCCUCUACCUGACCCUCGUGGCAGUCCGGAGAGAUUACCAGCUGCCCACGGUCAUCCCCCCGUGCGGCUCGCCCGGCAUGCAAAACUCCCCCAUCCCGACCACACCGCUCUCGCCUCGCUUCAGCUUCGCAGCCUCCCCCGUGUCCUCCCUCAGACAGCUCGUGCGAUCCGGCUCGGGCCACGGACGCUCGCCCAUGCGGCUCAGGAUCGAGACCCAGCAGCUCAGAGGCAGCAUGGCCUCGCCGACGCCUUCGUUCGCCUCCUCGUUCGCCUCCUCCAUGGCCCCCUCCUCCCUCGGCCGCAUGUCUCCCAAGCUGCAGUGGCCCCUCUCCCCGGCCAGCAUGUCCCCCAUGACGCCCUGUACCCCUUCCUCCGCCACGACUACGACGAGCGUGACGACGACGAGCACGGUUGCCUCCAACGAUGUGGCUCACCCUUCGCCGAUUUCAGGGUCGCAUGGGAUGCGGCUGGUGUAUUCGGAGGAGGUGUCGGCGAAGGACGAGAAGUCCUUGAGGACGAUUAUACACAAUGCCCGGAGGAAGUUCAGGAUAGGCGCCGAAUGGCUCUCGGAACCGGUGUGCUCGACCACGUGCGGCUUGACGAACCAACUUAUACAGCAGUCAAUGAGCCAGAACGAGGUCCUCUUCUCUUCGGAGGGUCUAGCACUCGUGGCACUUGAUGGUCUUUACAGCCUGAAGAGUGCUUUGUCUGCGUAUUCGAAGACCAGAUCACCCUUGAGGUUAGAGGACGCCGUGGAUGAGCUUCGUCGCCUCGUGCUUGCGGGGAACGGCCGCAAGGUCACAAGGUCGGAUCUGCUUCGGUCUUAUGACUGGCUGAGUGUUUCCCACGCGGCAAUUGGCGACCUAGAUCUCAUGUAUCGAAGGGCCUAUGGUGGCCCUGAAGGGCUAGGUGCCAUCACAGGAAUUGUGUCUACAGGAGUCCGAACUGUUGUUGUCACAGGGCAUGAUGUAAAGAUCAGGGAUGACGAUGGUGAUGGCGCAAGUGAGAGAACCUGCGCCGGUUCCCCAGAGCGCGACUUGGCUCCUCCGAUGGAGACCAAGGAGGAACAGCAGCAGACUCUGACAAUGCCAUUCCUCCCCAAACUCCAAACGAAUUUCGACACUUCGGCCAACGACAGCGAUAGUGACGAUGAACCGAAUAGCAACCUGACGGCUCGGCCGAAGGACCAACUGCCGUUCAAGGUCCCGUCGUGGAGGAACUCUUCCAUCGACGAGAUGAUGCUGACUCCCGGCUCUGAGAGAAGCUCUCCAGACUUGGGCCCGGUCACACCAAACGAAUAUGAUGACAUCUCACCCGUCACAAGAGGUGAAUGGGGAUUUUUGAUGGUGGAUAACUCAUUGCGCGUGGGCAGGACUGUUGCCGUUGAAACGUGCUAG